AUGACCAGUCCGCCUUGUAAGACUUAUAAAAGGGCUUAUUUUCCACACACAAAACACACGGAUUCAGCUGUCAAAGUCACACACACUCUACCGUCACAUCUCAUCACCACCACUCUCCUGCUCAGUCACCACUCCCCGUCCAACGCCGUCGUCACAUCCCACCACCACCACUCUUCACCGCCACCGCCCCCUCAUUCCGCAGCGCCACCUCAGCCCUACCCUGCUGCUCAAUACAGCACCUUCCAAGGCGUCUCCAACUACCCUUCGCCUCCGCGGGAUCCUCACCCAGCCAUCGGGUUUCCCCACCCUGUUCCGCCGCGUGGCGCCGCCGACCACUCGGCUCCUCAUCCUCCUUAUUACCUUCAUGGCUACCAAGCAGUUCCUGGUUAUGCAGUUGCUGAAGGAAGACCUGUACAAGAACCCCGCCUUGGUUGCUGUGGUCUUGGUUGCGGCUGGUGCCUGUUUAUAUUAGGCUUCUUGCUUGCUGCCAUUAGACCCAUUCCCAUUCCGUCAAAGUUCAGAAGUUCUACUUCUCAGUUCCCUCCAAAACUCAAACAACUUUUCAAAACAAUGAUCCCAAAAUCCGUUCCGCGCACACCAUUCCACCGUAAAACCCCUCACCGUCCUCUUCCACCCCCCUUUCCACCACCGCCACCACCGGACCCUAAGGACUCCGCCAUCCUCAUCCGCUUCCGCCACAAGGACUGGCUCACGCCGAAGGAAGCCACCGCCCUGGCCAACUCCCUCACAAACCCUUCUUCUGCCCUCACCCUUCUCUCCCUCUACUCUUCCCGCAAGGACUACCUUCCCACCGAGACCUUCUCCAUUUCUAUUAUCACCAAUUUCUCACGCGCUAACCUCCCUCACGCGCUCCAAGGCUUCAUCGAAGCCCUCGACCUCUCUGGAUUCUCCGACGACUUCUUCUUCGCCCUAAUUAAGCAUUACGCUCACUCCUUCAACCGUAUUGACAAGGCUGUCAACACGCUCUUCGCCAUGCCCACAAAAUUCAAGUGCUUGCCCAGCACCAGAACUUUUAAUUUUGUCCUUAAUGUUUUGGUUUCAUCACGGUUCUAUGAAGUUGCACAUGAGGUUUAUGCGGCGGCUCCAAGGCUGGGGGUUGAGGUGGAUGCUUGUUGCCUGAACAUUCUGAUCAAGGGGUUGUGUGGUUGUGGCAAAUUGGAGGAUGCCUUCAAGGUAUUUGAUGAAUUUCCCCAACUAGGGUGUGAGCCAAAUGUGAGGACUUUUGCUACUUUGAUGCAUGGGUUGUGCGAAAAAGGGGAUGUGGAUGGUGCUUUUGGGUUGUUGGAGAGAAUGGAAAAUUGUGGGGUUGGUGCUGACGUCGUGGUUUUCAAUGUGCUGAUUUCGGGGUUGAGGAAGCAAGGGAGGGUCGACGAGGCAAAGCAGGUGUUGGAGAGAUUGAUGAUGGAAAAAGGAUGUGAUCCCAAUGGAGGGUCUUAUCAAGAAGUGGUGUAUGGGUUGCUUGAUAAUGAGAGAUUUAAGGAAGCCAAAGAGAUCAUGGAGAGAAUGGUGUUGAUGGGGUUUGGUCCUAGUUUCAUGUCUUAUAAAGUUCUUGUGAAGGGUAUGAGUGAGAAGGGUGUGGUUGGGGAGGUCGAUUGGGCUGUAAGGCAGAUGAUGAAGCAGCGAUUUGUGCCAAAGAUGGGAAUGUGGAAGCAGAUUGUGAGACAGAAAAUAGACAAACCAAUGUGUGUGGAAGAGGUGGUGAAUUUUAAAUUAAAAUAUUUUUGCAGCAAAGGUGCUAUCAAUGUUUCUGCAAUGUCUCAGUUUUGGAGUGAGAAGAAAUGAGAGUCAAUGGAUGUGGAGAAAAUCCCUACAAGAUUUACUUCUCCUGUUGAUGAAUCAACAAAUACAGAAUCACAAGCAUACAAACAGUGGCGCACUGAUUAUUACAACCUCACUUCUUGGCUUUUUGCAUCUCUUGAUUCUUUUUUUUCAGCAUCCUGUAAUUGGUUGCAGUUUUGCACAUGAGAUUUGGUCUCGCAUUCACACGCAUUUUGCUUCUCGGACGAAGGCUAGGGUUCGACAACUCAACUUCAACUCAAGAUUAUCACGAAAGAAGGUUCAACCACUGAUUAUCUCUUGAAAAUUAAAAAAUUAGUGGAUUAUUUAGCUGCUGUAGGUGCUCCUCUGUCUGAAUCCGAACAUACAAAUGUAAUAUUUGAUGGUUUAAAUGAAGAUUAUCACCCAUUCAUUACAUAUGUUACUGCAAAAGAUCCUGCUUAUAGCAUUCCAGACCUUGAAGCCCUUCUUAUAGCUCAAGAAGACAUUGUGGACAGGUUCAAGAAACCUGAUCAAUCCAUGGUUCAAGUUCACCUAACUCAGGCUCCAACUCAAGAGCCUCGUUCUUCAGAUUCAUCCAUUCUUGGUAAUUAUGGAAGAGGUACAAACUCUAUCUAUGGUAGAGGUUUUCAAGAAAAUUAUGGUAGAGGCUUUCAAGGCCGUCAUGGUAGAGGUGGUAGGAAUAUGUGUGGUGGAAGAAGCCCUUGAAACUCUAUGAACUGCCCUCAAUGCCAGAUUUGUGGCCGCAUGGAACAUGUAGCUCCAUCUUGCUACUUUCGGUUUGAUCAAUCCUAUCACCAAUCCCCACAGUAGUCACAAGUUUCCUAGAAUGGAUCCUUAGCUCCACCCUCAUCCUUCCAUAAUCCUAGAGCAAUGCUUGCAACUCUCAGCUUCGGUAAGUGAUCCAUCAUGGUAUGUAGACUCGGGUGCUACUCACCAUUGCACACAUGAUUCAUCAAAUAUUCUCCAACCCUUGGAUUACUAAGGUCAAGAACAAGUUUUCACAGAGACAACCAUGUUUAUUUCUCCUUUUAUCCUGAUUUUUGCUUGGUGAAAUCGGAGGCUACCAAGGAGGUUCUUCUACAAGGCAAGGCUGACAAAGGCUUGUAUAAAUUUGACAAAGGUGUCAUUCCUCAAUCUGUUUUUGCCCCUCUUUUUGCUAAUGCUUUUCUUUCUUCUUGUGCUUCUUUUGAUGUAUACCAUAAAUGCUUUGGUCAUCCUUCUCUUCCUAUUGUAAAGAACAUUAUUGGCAGAUUUCAGUUGAAAGUGAAUAAAGAAUAUGAAUCUAAUUCUGUUUGUAAUUACUGUUGCUUGGCUAAAUCACAUCGUUUACCAUAUACUAUGUCUCAAUCUACUUAUGAUCAUCCUUUAGCUCUUCUUAUUUCUGAUGUUUGGGGGCCUGCACUGGUUAUCUCAAAAAAUGGUUUUCAAUUCUAUAUUUCUUUUAUUGAUGUGUACGCUAGGCAUACAAGCAUUUAUCUUCUUACUCAUAAGUCACAGGUUUUUGCUGUUCUCAAACAGUAUAAGUCAUUCAUGGGGAGACAAACAGGUUUCUCUAUUAAAUCAUUUCAAAGUGACAAUGAAGGUGAAUAUCGUUCUACUGCAUUUAAAGAUUUUCUUAAGCAAGAAGACAUUGCUCAUAGGCUAUCUUGUCCUCAUACUCCCCAACAAAAUGGCUUGGCCGAACGCAAGCAUAGGCACAUUAUUGAAACAGGUUUGGCCCUUCUUGCUACAGCCUCUUUACCUCUCUUGUUUUGGGAUGAAGCCUUUUCUACUGUUUAUCUUAUUAAUCGCAUGCCUUCCCCUAAUACUAGUCAUCUUUCAUCACAUGAGCUUCUAUUUAAUCAAAUUCCAGAUUACUCUUCUCUAAAAAUUUUUGGAUGCUUGUGUUAUCCAAACUUAAGGCCAUACACUUCACACAAACUAGAAUAUCGAUCUCAGCCUUGCAUCUUUCUAGGAUAUGCUAUUAAUCAUCGUGGCUAUAAAUGUUUGUCUAAGGUAAAGUUUAUGUGUCUCGUGAUGUUGUUUUUGAUGAAACUCAAUUCCCUGGCUUUUCCUUCUUUCCCGCUAAUUCUGAUAAAUCUGGCUCCAUUGGUAAUUAUAUUCAUGAACUUCUUCCUCUUAUUCCUUCUGUCCCACCUUCUUCCAUUACCCCUUCUUAUAUCCAUACCAUCUAUAAAUUCGUAUACUAAUUCUGAACACCUUAAUUCACCUCACCAAGCUUCUGAUUUUGGUCCUUCUACUAUAUCUAAAUUCUGCAUCAUCCUCUAAUACCGCACAACCAAAUAACUCCACUCCUCUCACACAUCCUAUUCCUACUAUAAAUACUAUACCUGUUUCACAUACUGACACUUGUUUACCCUUAUCAUUUCCAUCUCCACCUGUCUUUAAUCACACCACCUUAUGCUCACUCGAUCAAAAACCAAAAACUUAAAACCCAAGGCACUCAACACUACAACCUCUCCUCUCCAUGCUCAAUCAGAUUCUCUUAUUCCCAAAUAUAUCAAAAAUUGAAUAUAAGGCCUUGGUUUUUCAUAAAACUUGGAUCCUUGUUGAAACCCCACCUGAUGUAAAUAUCAUUGGGUGUAGAUGGAUCUUUGCUGUUAAAAAGAAUUCACAGGGUGAGAUUGUUAGACAUAAGGCACGUUUAGUUGCCAAAGGAUUUAAUCAAGCUGCAAGUAUUGACUUUGAUCAGGUAUAUACACCUGUAAUUAAGCCGGUUACAAUUCGGGUUAUCAUCACCAUUGCUUUAUCAAAAGGUUGGUUUAUCAAACAAUUUGAUUUUCACAAUACAGUUUUUGAAUGGUACUUUAUCUGAAACUAUAUAUAUGCAUCAACCACCUGGUUUUCAACAUUCAAAUCCUAAUCUUGUUUGUAAAUUGCAUAAAGCUUUGUAUGGCUUAAAACAAGCUCUGCUUGCAUGGUACCUUACUCUUACUUCUACUCUAGCUAAAUUUGCUUUUCAAUGUACUCGAUCGGAUUCCUCUUUAUUCACUAUAUGGCUUAAAACAAGCUCUGCUUGCAUGGUACCUUACUCUUACUUCUACUCUAGCUAAAUUUGCUUUUCAAUGUACUCGAUCGGAUUCCUCUUUAUUCACUAAGUUUCAGGUUCAAACGUUACAUAUAUUUUCAUAUAUGUUGAUGACAUGCUGGUUACUGGCAACAAUUAAAGUGAAAUUCAGUAUAUAAUUACUCAACUUCAUUCCACUUUUCUCCUUAAGGACCUAGGACAUGUGAAUUAUUUUUUAGGCAUUGAAGUUCACAUCACUCUUCAGGUCAUAUCUCUCUAAAUCAGACCAAGUAUAUACAUGAAUUAUUACUUAAAUCCGGAAUGCAAUACUCUAAACUUAUGGUUACUCCUAUGAUCAGUUCUAAUAACUUAACAGCUGUGGACAGUGCUACUGUGUUUAUCUAGGAUCCAAUCUUGUCUCUUGGAAUUGUAGUAAACAAACCACUAUGAGCAGAAGUUCUACUGAGGCUGAGUUUCAAGCACUUGCAGUUGUACUUACAGAAUUGACAUGGAUUCAAAACCGCUUGCUGGAAAUUUGACAACACCCCUCUGCUCAUCCCACAGUCUAUUGUGACAAUAUGACCGGUGUCAUGCUCGCUUAUAAUCUGAUUCUUCAUCAUCGAACUAAACAUUUUGAAUUGGACCUCUACUUUGUUCGAGAAAGAGUAACCACGGGUUUAGUAGCUGUUAGGGGUGUAAGUUACCGAACCGGAUCGAAAUUUACCGCAAAACCGAACCGAAAUUUACAACAACCGAAAAGAAAACCGAAAAAAUCGGUUUUUUUUGUUUUUUUCGAAUUAAACCGAUCGAUUCGGUUCGGUUUUCGGUUGGCUCAGUAAAAACCGAACCAAACCAAACCGAGCCGAAAUAUUGGUUCAGAAACCUUGUUUUUACACAUUUACCCUUUAACCUAAUAUGCAAUCCUCUAACCCCCAAUCCCUACUCACUCAGCGCAGCCACAACACAAGUCACAACCCCACAAGUCACAACCUCCAUCUUUCUCUUCUAUGCCUGAUUGCCUGAGACCCUGAGAGAAUGAGAGCUUGAGAGAGCCAGAGAGCUGAGAGCGCCGUCGUCAAGUCGCCGUGAAGGACGUCGUCGAUCUCCAUCACGGGCGUUGCAGAGAGCUGUCUUCACGCCAUCGUCUCGCCGUCGUCGAUCUCCGUCUGAGCCGUUCUUCCGUCCAGCAGUCCUCGUCGCCGAGCCUUCUUCUGCAACUCACAAUGUCGUCUUUGAGGAUUGAUAACACUAACACAGAAAAAUUAAAUAAAGAGUACAUGGCACAUGGGUUUACUGUUUCUUUCACAAUGGUUCUUUCACAAUGAAGAUUAUUGCAGUACUUAAUUAGAACCAUGGUUCUUUCACAAUGAAGCUUAGAAAUAGGUACAUGGCACAUGGGUUUACUGUUUCUUCAUGCAAUAACAACUAUAGGAGUUCUUAACUCCAAAGACAGUUGAGGCAUUGAUAUGCACACAAAAUUGGCUUCUUGCUUCUCCAAUGACAACUGAUUUUGAGGAGCUUAUUGAAGAGUUUGAGAAACUUGAAUUAGAAAUUGCACCAACCGGAGAAGAUGAUGAUGAGUCUGGUGUGGAUUCAGAUUAAGCAUGGUGGCUGUUUGGUUUUAUUUGUUACAAAGUGACUGUUUCAGUUUAAAGUGUUUAUUUUUGUUGUUUUGCUAGGCAUUUUUAGUUGUCUUUGUUUUAUGUUUAAUUAAGUUGAAUUUGUAUUGAAUUUGGAUGUGAUAUACUCUUGUUAUUCUGGUUUAUUGAAGUUUUUAAACUUUAUUUUAUGAUAAUUUUAAUUCUGAUAGGUGUAAAAAAACCAAAAAAACCGACAGAACCAAACCGCUGUUGGUUUGGUUCGGUUCGGUUGAUCAAACAGCAGCCAACCGAAUGGUUGGUAUUACUAUAGGACCGAUUAGGUCGGUUCGGUUGGUUUUUGAUCCAAAACCGAACCAAACCGAACCGAUUGCACCCCUAGUAGCUGUUACCCACAUUUCAGGCACUGAGCAGAUAGCUGAUAUCUUCACGAGACCGCUCCCAGCUGCUUCCUUUACAAAAUUCUUUGGCAAACUCAGGUUGGCAUCUAAGCCACCGUGAGUUUGAGGGUGCUGUAGAAACUAUGGGUAUGGUCGGCAAGUCGGUUGUAUUAUCUAGUACCUUCCAAGUCUAUUAGUAUGUGUAACUAUAAAAUAGUUCUCUCUCUCUCCUUUGUGAAGACACAUUUUGAUUUCAUAUUGAUAAUUGAAAUAUCACAAGCUUUGUUCUCUU